CACAGCCGGACUCUGAGAGUUGAGAGAGAUUCUGAGGAACGCAUCAGCACAACAACUUCUCCUAAUUUUUGUUUCUCUGAAGAAGCUCUCAAGUCUCAUCCCUCCGUCUGUUGUUUCGUCUUUAGUGAACCAGGUUUACAUAAUUUUGUAGGUAAUGCAUCUGGAGUGAGGGUGUCAUUGGAACCUUUGAUUCGAUUAGCUGAACAAUGGGUACCUUUGGAGAAGCAUGGGAUUACACCUAUUUUUGUCUUGUGUACUGCUGGAAUGAGGAGGUUGGCAUCUGAUGAUACUAGGAGAGUUUUGGAAGAUGUUGAGGAUGUUGUAGAAAACCAUGGGUUUUUAUAUAGGAAAGAUUGGAUUAGGGUGUUGAGUGGUAACAAAGAGGCUUACUAUGGUUGGGUUUCGUUGAACUAUAAGAUGAGGGUAUUUGAGAACUUUUCGAGGUUGCCAACCUUGGGACUUCUUGAUUUAGGAGGUUCAUCGUUGCAGGUGGUGACAGAAGUGGAUGAACUGAGAGAGGAUGACCAUCAUUUAGUAUCAAAGAUUGGCCCAAUGGAACACCAACUUUUAAUAUACUCAUUACCCGCAUUUGGCUUGAAUGAAGCUUUUGAUCGAAGCGUUGUUAUGCUAACUCAUAGUGAGGCUCUUAGGGAAAGUAGGGAUGGCAUAUUUGAAGUCAGGCAUCCUUGUUUGAGUUCCAGUUAUCUGCAAAAUUUUACUUGCCAUGGUUGCUUCGGACUAGAGAGGAUGAGUUCAGAAAAUGUCACUACUAAGAUGGAAGAAAAGGAGCUUAGUUCUUAUAUCUGGUUGGCUGGGAGCUCAAAUUGGGAAAAUUGCAAGGAACUUGCAAGGGCAGCUGCUGUUAAUUCAAGCAAUUCAAAGUUGUCGGAGCUGGAAAAUCACUCAAAAUGCAUUGGCUUGUCUUCUCGAACAGGCAAGAUGAUGCUUAACUUAACAUCCUAUUCUCACUACAACGCAUUGUCUGGUUUCUUUGCAAUCUCCAACAGACUGAAUUUGAGUGCAAAAGCAAAUUUGACGAAGAUGUGGGAGACAGGAGAACACAUCUGCCCAAGAUUAUGGGCUGAUCAGAGAAGCACCUCUGCACAAGAUUGUUUCCAUUUGUCUUAUAUGGCAUCACUUUUUGAAGAUGCUUUGUGUCUUAGAAAUGCAGAGAUAACCUUUGGUCCUGGAGAUAUUUCUUGGACCUUGGGAGCUGCACUCAUUGAGGGAGACUACCUGUGGCGUAGCACUUCUGAAUCUCAAAAAGGAUUUUUAACCCUGAAAGGGAAUGAGAGGAUAUCAUCCUCUUUUCUUCUGUUUGCAUUACUUUCAUUUCUUCUUUUAAUUGUUCAUUAUAGUCACAUUAAACUGCCUAUGCCUAACAGGGGAACUUCCUCCACUGGGGGAUGUUUGCCAUCUUACUUAGGCCCCAAAAGACAGCCAGCCUAAGUUCUAUACUUCUAUUUCUGUAAAUCAUUUUUGGCUGCCGCCUUUCUCAUGAGCAAAACAUAAAAAUACAGUCGUUUCUGUUAUUGUAUAAGUUUGUAUAAGAUUGAUUCAUUCAUUCCUGUAAUUGAUGAAAAUACCACGUCAAAAGGUUGCUUCAAAA